GGCCGAUCUGCUCUCCGCCAUAGCCAGCAGUCCACUACAUUCUGUCGGUGAGUCCCUGCUGAGUCCACCCACCAGCGCUCCACACUCGCAACCAAGUGGAGUGGUGGAUGGCUCCCUAAACUCCACCUCUGCCGCCUCCACUCACUCCAAGAGGCAGAAAAACACACCAAAAGACGAUUCACUAUACCAAACUAAACCACAAAAGACUAGUGAUCAAUUUGGCACUAUUAAUGGCACUAGUAGGCCUCUCAGUGCCAGAUCUUCAGGUACAAGUAUAAGUGACAUUAGUGCCAGAAUCGCGGCCUCCUCGUGGCACGGAAGAUUGAAGUGCCAAGGCUCAACACAGAGUCUGUUAGUUCAUAUGUGCCAUCUGAUCAAUCUGGCACUCUCUCUUCUAUGUCUGAUGUGCUGAUGUCUCCCUCAUCCUCCUCCUCUGACUGACUGUGGUGGUGGUGGUGGUGGUGGUGGUAUAGUGGUGAUGUGUUAACCCCUUCAGUACUGGGACACAUUUUUACCAUGAGAUUUGUGUGUGAUUAGACCGUUUUAUUUGCAUUAGGAAGAGGUUAUGGAGGUCAGAAGAUUAAUGGUCAUAGUUUUCACCAUUUUAAUCCCCACGUAAAUUUCCGAAGCUGUAUAAAAUCACCAAAUAGUACCCAGAAUACGGAAACGCGUCGUGGUACUGAAGGGGUCAAGCUUUCUCUAAGGUCAUGAAAACUCUCCAAAGUCCAUGAACCGCCACUGCUCCCUGUCAAACUCCCGCUAGUCUUGUUAACCUAUAGAACCAUGAAAGCUUUCUUGAAAACCACCCAGAACCAUUCCACUACAGCCUGGUAAACUGUGUCACUAGUACUGUUAGAUUAUCACCAGAACACUGAGGCUGUCUAACUAUCACUAUAUAAAUAAGACUACAGAAGCAUUAAAAGCACCCUUAAAAAUCUCAGUUAACGUCACCAAAGACAGAUAAGAUAUUGAUACGCUUAGAAAUGCCGUCCAUAGAUAUAUAGAUCACAAUAAGUAUAAUAAUAAAAUGAUUGAAAUAAAGUAAUAUAUACAUUUAUCAACUUUAUUUUAUUUUCAGGCAUAGUGUAAGUUGAAGUAGUGGUUUUAGUUUUCAUUUAGUGCCCUGUUUUAUCUGCCUCUAUCAGUCUGUUAAGAUAGAAAUACCGGGAAAUGAUGAAGUAGCGAAAAAGAUGAUAAGAAUAAUGGUAAACGAGCAAGAAGCGUGCUAAUGGGCGGUGUAAGCAGAUUAAAUUUCGCGGUAUUCUUUCUCCUUUAUAAACGUGUUAGCUAUUUAACAAGACGCUAACCAGUAAGAGUUUAUUGAUUAUUUGUGAGUGAUUCAGUACUUUAUUGAUCACAAUAUAGAAAGUAAGCAAUGAUUAUAGUACUCAUCCUUGUAGAGUUAUUUCAACCUGCAAUAUUUUACCUGCUUGAAAGUAAAAAUGACAUACAAAUAAAUAUAGAGAAAAAAAUAAAUGCUAACAAUAUCAGGGAAACUUAAAUAUAAAUAGACUGGAAGAGAAGAGUGAUCUGUAAUAUAAAGUUGUUUGUGUCUGAGUCUGUCACAUGUUGCGGGGUGAGUGAGGAGCGCAGAGUGAGGCAGUGAGUGUUUCCGCCUCUUCCUCCGCCCCUGGCAAGUGACAGUCGUGGGUGACAGGGUGAGUGGGUGCUGCAGGGAUGGACCACCGCCUCUACCAGUGUGUGGAGCAGCUGGCCACUCUCGGCAGCCCAGACCACACCACCACAGAGAGUGCCGCUGCGGUGGUGGCUGAGGUGAAGGAGUGCCUGGCGGGUGUGGCCGGGGAUGAGGGGGGCCGCGUGCUGGCUACUGCGACACACCUACUGGCUGGUGUGGACGUGUGUGUCAGGGAAGAUGUCAGGCUGCAGUGUGGGUGUCUGUCCGUCUCUCUCCUCCACCACUUGGCACGGCUCCUGGAGGGGUCGGAGGAAGUGCCUACCCCCACACCUGGCCGGGGAAGGGGUGGGGGUGAUCCGGAUGCACCCCCACCUCCCCCUCACCUCCUCAGCCUCCACCAGACUCAGGUAGUGGCCGCAGCAGCACGUCUGGCCCUGUACACAGCAGUCCUAGCCGGGAUGGACCAGGAGUCGGCCCGGUUCGUUAAGAUGAGUCUGGCCCGUGCAAAGUUCAUUCUUGGCCCGUCACUUCUCGAGGUACCACAGGGAAGCCGGCACUCUCUCCUGGCUGGCACUAUGAGGCUACUGGUGCCCAUUGUCAAGCACGACACUCUCGGCUCCGGGAUACGACAGUCUUGCUUUCCGGAGAUGCUGAGUGCCUUGCUGUGUCUCUGCUUCUGCCCCUCCUCCACCACACACCACCCACAGGACACCGCCUUCUUCAGGGCACAGCUGGAGGCACUCACAGCUGCCACGGACCCCAGUGUCACCCUCACACACCUCCUGCUGCUCAUGGGACUGGCUCAGGGUGGCAGCAGCAGCAGUAGUAGCAGCAACAGUAGUGGUGGUGGUGGUGGUGGUGGCAGGGGUUGGCUGGGACGCACCUGCAACUCUCUGGUGGUGCGUCGUUACCUGAUGGGUGAAGGAGGGCUGCAGGUGGUGGUGGGUGCGGGGCUGGCCCUCUGUGACGGCCAGGAUGUGCGUCGGUGCCAGGCUGUUGCGGCACUCAUUGCUCACUCCCGCACUCCUGACCUCACCUCCUUCUAUGCCUCUGUGGGCCCUCAGGUGGUUGCCAUGCUGGAUGCUGCCCCUCAGCUGGCCCCGGAGGUGGUGAGGGUGGUGGUGCUGCUGGCCGGGGAGCUGGCCGAGCGUAGCCCCUCCCUGGCUGCCCAGCACCUUGGCCAGCCACUCCUGCAGCCCCUGACACUCACCACCCAGUCCCUCACACCACCGGGAUGCAGGGAGGCCAGCCUGACAGAAUGUGUGGCCAGACUGCACACUCUCAUGAUAGACACGGCUCCUCCCACCCCAGCACGCCAGUUACUCCAGCCAGCUCUGUGUCCCCUGCUGGUCAUCACCACCAUGUCCGUCACUCACCUGCGCUCUCCUGCCCGCCACCUCAUCACCAAGUACCUGAGUCACCUGGCCAAGGAGGAGGUGGUUGGUACACUUGUCAGCCUGGCUGGUCUUGUCCAGACGUCCGCCAGUCCACCUGUCAAUCCCGACCUGGCCCUGGUGCUUGAUGCAGCCGGCGGAGUGAAGGUGGCAAUGCGGUCUGGCCCUGGCAAUGCCUUGGAGGAGGAUGAGGCGACAGCCAGUUGUCUAUCUGGUAUCCUGGAAGACCUGGGCCAGCCUGGUACUGUCCUGGCAUUCUACAGGAAGCUGGUGGAGUUCUUUGACUUUAAGGAGACACAGGAGCCUGGCACAGCUCCAUCGCUGGUGACGGAGGCUGACAGGGUGGCGGGGCAGUUUGAGAGGGUGAGGCGUGUUGCCAUGUGUGUCACCCUGCUGUCCUGCCUGGCUGAGAGUGAGAAAUUGACCGGUGACCUAUUCCAGGAUCUCUCAGCAGCGGGACCGGUGGUGGAUGGCCUGCUGAGGGCUGGUUGCCAGGACUGUGUGGACGAGGGGCUCAAGGACAUACAGGUCUCCCUCGCAGCGAACGUCCUCAUCCUGGUGACCUGCUACGUGAGUGACCGCAGCCUCAGGAAGGACAUGACCUCAGGGGACUGGGCGGGACUGAGGGCGCUGCUCCCGGCACUGGAGAUGACUGAGGAGUGCCUGCAGGACGAGGGGGUGUGCCUGAUGGCCUCCCAGCUACGGCACAUGGUCGCCACACAUGGGGUUUUCAAGGCUGAUGUUAUGGCUGGCACUCAGACACAGGGUAGGGCUGGAAAGGCUAACUCUGCCACAAGACACAGCAAGGAGGUCAAAGGAACACAAGACAGGCAUGACAAGGGAACUGAAGUGACAGGAGAGGUGAAGACUGAGAACGCUGCUACACUUACUGAGGAAAGGGCAAAAGACAGCAACAUCAGCAAAUUGAGAGAAGUAGACAUGAAAACCAAAAAAAUGUACAAGGGUGAUGAAGAAAGUGAAAGAACAUUAGUGAGAAGGGAGGAAGAAGUGAAGGCUGUGAUAAAGCAAGAUAUAAGUGAAGUGAAAGAAGAACAGAAGGAGGAGGAGAUAAAGGAAGAAAUGAGUGAGGUAAUCAGAAUAAAAGAGGAGGCGGUGGAGAGGCGACAAGAAGGAAGCAACACAAAGAAAGAAGGAAGAGAAGAAGAAGAAGCAAACGCAAACACAAAACAAGAUGACAAAACUAAAAGAAGAGAAAAAGUAGAUGACGGAGAGACGAAAAACAAAAAAACGGAGAACACCACAGCGGAGAAAAACAAAAAUACAACAACAACAACAAUAAAGCAAGAAGAAAGUGAGGAAAAUGAAGAAGACAAAAUAAUCACAGAGAAACAGAAAAAGGAAGAAAACACAUUUGAAUCCGCCAUGGAGGACCUAAUGAGUCCCUUGCUGCCCAUUCGAGGCCACGGCAUCCUCGCUCUGGCCCGGCUGGUGGAGGAGAGAGACAGCACGGCACUCCAGCAUGGCACUCAGCUUCUGGCACUCUUCCAGCGGCACUUGAGGGAAGACGACUCGUAUUUGUACCUGAUGGCUGCACGGGGGCUGGCGGCACUCUGCGAUGUCAUGCCAGAGAAGGCGGUGGUGGUGGUGACGCAGGAGUUCAGUGUGGGGCGGCGCAGUGCAGAGGACAGGGCGAAGCUGGCCGAGAGUUUGAGUCGAGCUGCCCGUCGCCUCGGCCCGCUGCUGCCGCACUACAGGGACUACUUCAUCAAUGCUUUCCUUACAGGAGUGAGGGACGAGGAGUGGCUGGUGAGGGCGGCAAGUCUGUCAGCGCUGGGGGACGUCUGUAAGGAGCUACGGUUUAGUCUGGGUCCCAUCGUGCAUGAGGUGUUCUCAGUGCUCAAGUUGGCUGUUGCUUCCGACGAGUCUGUGGAGGUGCGUCGGGCGGCUGUCCUUGUGGUGACGAUGCUGCUGCAGGGCCUUGGUGGUAGUGCCAUUAAGGUGCUCAGCGAUGUUCUGCGGGACCUGUACCGAACACUGCGUUUCCUGGAGGCCAAUGACUCUGACCAGGUGGUGCGCAUUCACUCCCAGCUGGCCAUUCAGGAGGUAGACUCAAUCAUGCGCCGCUUCUUCAUGCCCUCCAGUGGCCUCUCCAAACGCAUCUUUGUCCUGGACGCCCCACCACCGGCCCUCUGAGUGUCUGUGUGUGUGUGUGUGUGGGGGGAGCGCCGCGCUGCUUGUGCUGGGAGAGGCACCGAGGGCAGUACCAGUUGACGUCAUCGUUGGGGGGAACCUGGAUGCCCACACAAACCCUGUGUCGCAGCCAAUCAUCGGGGAUCCGUCGUCCUGCUUGCCACAUGUCGGGCAGAUCCACACCUCAUUCCCUUGGUCAUCCUGCAGGGAAACAUGUACAAAAUAAUUACCUGUUACUACAAGAAAUAAAGCUGUAGUGUUUUGA